UGUUGUAAUAGGCGCUACAGAGUACAGCAUGGGCUGUAACAGUUGCAGUACAGGGCAACCUAUUUAAUGUUAGUGUUGGUUAUUAAAUCGUACAAACUAACUCUCUGUGAUUGCUUUUUUAAAGUGUUUUAGUGUACUUUAUAAAUGAGUUUUUCCAUGGUCACGUUAGCAGCAGGAUAAAUAAUUUAUUUUUAAAAAAACUAUUGAAUAAAAUCAGAAUGGCAGAAGAGCCAAAGAAGAUAUCCUUCGGAUUUAGUAAAAUCAAUAAAAAGACCAAUCUGGUCCAAACUGCCAAACUCGAAAACGAAGAGAAUCAGGUAGAAUUCAUAGCAUGCCUGGAUAACAAGUCGAUUAAGUUAGUCAACGGGGAGGAGAAGAAAAAAGAUCUUCCUGUGAUACCGAUGAAGGUAGCCAGCACGCUUAGAGAAAGCAUAAUCCAGACAUUAAAUUCAAGAAAAGCUAAAACAGAUGAUAAAGGAGAACCUAAAGAGAACGGUGAGACGGUUGAGAAUGGUGAACCCAAGCCCCUCACCCUCGACGAAAUGGCUGCUAAAGAGAUCAUGGAAGACCUUCAAAAAGGGGAAAAUGCGGAAGAAAGUAAAAACGCAAAUGCUAAAGUACCUUUACCUUCAAUCGGUGUUGUGAGUGAGAAAGAACCGACGCUGGAUGAUUACAACAACAUGCCUAUAACAGAUUUCGGCCUGGCGAUGUUGAGAGGUAUGGGCUGGGAUGAGAAAAAAGGCAUCGGGUUAAAUGAAAAGGUGGUCCAGCCAGCCCAGCCGCCUUUAAGACCGAAGGGCAUGGGCCUCGGUGCAGACAAAGCGAUGCUCGGGCAGAAAAACAAAAACGAUAAUCAGGAUUUAGUUAUGAAAAAAGGCGCAUUUGUCAAAGUCAAAACUGGACCUCAUAACAACUUAUAUGGAAAAGUAGAAGGCUUCGGCGAUCUCCCAGGAAGAAUUCUUGUCAAACUCGCCCUUCAGGGAGACAUUGUAUCUCUGAGUGAGUUCAUGGUCGAUCUCGUAAACCAGUCCGAAUACAAUAAAAACUCAAAAGUUAUGAACUUGAAAAAAUUUAACGAGUUUUCCGAUAUAAAACCUCAGACACCAAAUGUGAAAGUGGAAAAACCAGAUGACAAGUCGGCAAUUCAUAAAGAUGAAAAUAUCCGAUAUUCAAAGACAGACAAGAAUGGUCCCUCGUCUGUUGCUUCACCUGAAAGAGUAAGAACAUCGAAACAGAGACAUUCUCCUGAUGCAGACUAUAAGAGAAAUCGAUCACCAAGUUCCGAAUACGAUGUGAAGCCAAAGAAAAAAAAACAUCACAGACGCCACUCGUCCCAAUCAUCAGACGAACACCACAGGUCUAAAAGUAGUAAACACAAAAGGAAAGAUAGGAUGAGCCCUGUUGAAAAAUCUCUUAAAAAGAAACAUAAAAAACAUAGAUCAGCAAAACGUUCUAGAUCAAGGGAAGAAAGAGAAAGGAGUUCGAAAAGGCGACAUUCUAGAAGCAGAACACCAAAAAAACACAGCCGGCAUCGAUCAAGAUCAUAAUGUCCCUUCUUCUUGGAAUAAUUUUGCUUGAAUAAUUUAUUUAUUCUUUGUAAAGUAUUUCUUGUACAUAUACAUACCUUGUAUAAAUUUUAAAAAAAUUAAAUAUAAUUAUGAAACUU